CUCCUUUAUAAUUUCGCAUCUACGCAUAUGACGUAAUUGAUAAACACUAGCCGACGUCUGGCAAAAUGGCGAUGCAUGUGGCUGGAAGUGUGACAAUGAUCACUUGGAAUUGUAGUGUGAUUUAGCUCCUAUUUCUCAAAGUUUUCUAAAAUCUACGAAUGUUUUCUCGAGGAGUGAAUAUUGAUCUACGGAAUUAUGCAGUCAGUUUUGGUUUAUGGGCGCCAAAUUGCCCGUGCUGUGAUGGGAUAUGUACCGUAUGAUGCGAGUAGGAGCAUCGAGUACAGGAGGGAUCGGAGACGAAUGCGCCUGGUUACGGCAUCAUGCGGUUUCUCGAAGGAUGAUGCCGCAGCAGAUGCGAACAGCCGUGUCUUCAAACAGGGAAUGUUUGGAGAUGAUGCCUGUUUCGUAGCCAAGUACAAAGGAUUCGAUGUCCUUGGUGUUGCUGAUGGUGUUGGGGGAUGGAGAGACUAUGGAAUUGAUCCAUCUCAGUUUCCUUGCCAACUGAUGAAGAUGUGCAAACGGAUUGUCAAGGAGGGUCAUUUUGAUCCUCAUGCUCCCGUCGCUAUCAUCGCCACAAGCUACCAAGAACUCUUAGAGCACAAGGCACCUCUUAUGGGGAGUAGUACAGCCUGCAUUGUCAUAUUUGACAGUGACAACAAGACGGUAGCUUCUGCAAACCUUGGUGACUCCGGGUUUCUAAUUAUAAGAGCUGGUAGGGUGGUACAUCGGUCAGAAGAACAGCAGCAUUAUUUCAACACGCCAUUUCAACUAUCGAUAGCACCCCCUGGCUUACGAACAAUAUUAAGUGAUAGUCCACAUUCAGCAUCAAGUUCACUCUUUACUGUUAGAGAGGGCGACAUCAUCUUAGUAGCAACAGACGGUCUCUUUGACAACAUGUCAGAGCAUAUGAUCCUUGGCGAACUUUCAAAACUAAAGGACAACACUUUUUCUAGUGUACAGAAAACAGUCAAUGAUAUUGCAGCUAAAGCAAGACGUUUAGCGUAUGACCCAACCUACAUGUCACCAUUUGCUAUGCAUGCAAGGGAGAAUGGAAUGGAGUUCACAGGUGGUAAGCCAGAUGAUAUCACAGUCCUGAUGUCAACGGUUGGCUAUGACAGCGAUGACGACACAUAGCACUCACUCACCUCCGUCCUGAGAGAUAGGCGGUUUCCCUUGUAGACUCUAUAACAGACUGUUUGGUACAUUGGUACCUCAAAGUGCAGUCCUGAAACAGUUUAUCUUGUGAAUAGAUUAUAUAUAUGGAGACUUGUUAGCUAGGCCAGGAACAAGAGGAUGGAAUAUGGUUUUGGGAUCAAAGGAUGGAUGAGGGAGCAACAGAGAGGAAGUUAUUGUGAUCUUUGGAAGUAAAAGUUCAGAUGUACUCUCCAGUCCAUGGUCUAUAUAUAAUAUUCAACAGUCUGAGAUGGGUGUAUAAUCUGUGCGUUGUGCAGCUUGUUUACGGGCGAUGUUGAGGGAAAUAGUUCUGUAUCUUUGGCAAAAAAAUGGUUUGCCCUCCCCCUCCUUACUAAUAAGAGGUCAGUUUCCUCACGACUGCUAUGCUAAAGAGAUGGAUAUUCAUGUUGCUUCUACAUAUUAAAGCUUAGCUAUUCAUCUAUACUGAUGGUCGAACAUCAAUGGUGCAAGGAGAUUUUGAGGAAAGAACUAACAAUUCAUGGUGGUCAUUGUUGUAGGUUACCUUCAACAUAGAGGAAGAGGUCUCUGGUCAGGAAUGAGGCAACCUUUGUCUCACCCAACCAUUUCUCAGUCAAUGCCCAUGACAUCCAUAUCCUCUCCCAUAUAAGAAAUCCAGUGAUCCUAACAUCUUUCUACCCCCAACCAGGAUCAGCUGUGUCCUUUUAAGAGGUUUAUCCUGGUUGGGUUUGUAAAGUGGAAAACAGAUGGGAUCAUCGGGGUAUGCAGUCUGGUGAAAUGAGAGUUAAAACAAUUUUAUCAUCACGUAGGCAGUGUCCAUUAAUGAAUUCAUUAAUAAUCAUAAAUUUUUAUAUGUAAAGACCAAAUGUUAUUCAUAAAAUGAUUAUGUGGUCAUAUUGGUGAAACAUGCUAUUACAAUGUUGUCAAUCCUAUACGUAAACUCUCAAUAAUUUGCAAGGCAUGCUAGUCAUGUUUUUAUUUUGUUUUAUGAAUGUUUUUUUUUUAAUUGAACGGAUACAUGUACAUGCUAAUUUAUGGUAUUUAUUAUAUUCAUCAUUAUAGAGAUGCAGCAAUAUCUGAACGUCUUUUUUUCUGUUCAAAAUUUAUUUUGGGUUCUGAGAAAAUUGUAAUCUGAAUCCUGGUGAAUCAAUUCAACCAAAUCAUUUUCUGUUUACACAUGUACAGAGGCUGCUUUAUAAAGCUUGUCAUUAAGCCUUUGGAAUGGAAAAUGGCAAACAACCAUACUUGAUCAAUCAUUAUCACGUAAUAAGGUAUAGUUGAAAUGUAUAAAUUGUUCAUGGACAAUAGUAUGAUGGAGAUGAUUUUGUUGAAUUCAAUUCAAAGUUCAUUCUCUAUCACAAUACAUAAGCACAGUCUUUAUUAGUGAAAACAAUAGAAACGAGUGUGGAUUCACAUUAUUGCAAUUCAUAUCCAAAGUCAUGCUAAACUUUAUGAACAGCUUUAUGAACACCCUUUAAGAUCAGUUUACUUCACCAAGCAGAAGUGCUGUCAAACAAUUUAUUCAGUGGAGUGUCUCCUUAUUCUUUCUCCUUUUAGCACACAGUGCUUGCUACAUGUAUACAGUAUGUUUAAACAUGCUCUUAUUCACUCUUCCAUUAAAUAUUAAUUCAUGUGAAUGAUGCAAAAUGUUAUGUUCUCUUGCACAAGCUAUAGCAUCAGUUGUUAACCACAAAAAGAGGAACACACACUAGUUUGUUUUCACUGUAAAUUAUUAUUUUUUUUUCAGUUGAUGUGCUGGUUUUAAGUGAACAUAUUGUGUACCAUAUUGCAAUAUAUAUAUAUAUUGAAUCUUGUGUGUGAUUUGUAUUGUAUAAUGGUCUCUUUCACAGUCGGAUAGCCUUUCUCUUCAGACUUAUUGAAGUAAAUUAUUGAAUUCAGUUUGACAAUCUGGAUAAUCUUUAAGUUUUGACUGAAGGAGUUUCAUACUGUGCAUAUGUUAAUAGGAUUUCAGAUUUGAGUUGGGAGUUUGGAUGAUAUCAACUACUUGUAGCUGAUGGAACAGCAACUUUGCAAGGGAAGUUAAACUUGAUCAAUUAAAACAACUUGUAAAACUAAGUUACGAGUGACUAUAUGAUUAUCCUUUCUAGGCACUGAAUCAACAUCAAUGAACAUUUGGUAUGAUACUACAAGAAAGGAAUGCCAGUUUUAUUGUUAGUCAUUUGUAACUUAUGGGCAGCGAUAUGAAAUACCCACCAGAAGUAAUUGACAUAAUACAGAUGUGUAUGUGGAGGAAUUUUUCAUUUAAAUUAAUUGAAAUUGCACCAUUUACCAUCCAAAUAUUGUGAAUUAUUCCUUUCUUCAUACAUUACUAUUUUUACAGACCCUGAAUUUCAAUGUUUGUCAAAAGCUCCAUGUACAUUCUAUGCCAGAUCUCAUAACAAAAUGUCACUUGCGGGCAUCUCGAUACAAACAAAAAUCUCAAUUGAUUCAUACAUGUACCGUAUACUUUUAUUUCAACCCAUGACAAGCUUCUUUCAACCUGCAUAAAAUUAGAGCAGUGUUGUUAUAUAUUCCACUCGGUGAAGUUGUCUUAGCAUCAAGGCCAAAUUGCUUUAAAAUGGAAAAGGAAAAUGACAGUACUUUCUAGAUAAUAGAGCAGUCAUUAUCGCAUGAAACCAUUGCUAAGGAUAUUAAAAAAUAUAUCUGACUAUGACAAGACAAUAAGGAUCAUGUGACAUCCAGCAAUUUUUUUGUUAUACAAGAUUGACUGUAAAACAUAGUGCUUUUGAACUGGUUGAUUUUCUUUUUUUUUGUUAUAAAAAAAUGUGUUUUUAUGAUGUAUCAUUCAUUUGCUUGGCCAGCUUCAUGAUACAUACUACACUUAGUGGUUUCUUUUGCUGUCUGUUUGAUGUAUGAUUAUGAAUUAGAAUGAAAUCUACCUAAUUCUGCAAGAGAUUCUUUGGAUAAAAAACUAUGUUGGUUUAUCAUACAUUGUACAUGUACAUAUGGAGGAGUCUGCAUAAUUUAUGAAAAUCAGUAAAACACUUCAAAGUGUGGUUUUCUCUGUAUUUUUUAAUCAGACUUUAUUAAACAUUUGAAUUGGAUUU